GCGGCGAACUUAGGCUGAAGAAAGAAAGAAAGAAAAAAAAAGUGUCGUCGGGCCAUGUUCAGAAAACGCGAUUACGACCUUGGGUGUUUGGGGAAUCUGUUCAUAGAAGAAAGGGGGUGCAAGUUUAGAGAGCUUUAGGGUUUUUUCCCAGGCGUUUGUGGGGGCGGGAGUUAAAGGCGCUGAAAUGUGAGGUAGCUUGGGAUAACAGUUGAAUGAAGCUUGGGGCUGGAGUGGAAACACUCUUAUUUAUUGCAUGUCAUCAACUUGAGUUGGAAAGGCUUGUGAGAAGCUGAGUAACUAAAGUGGGAAGAAUCGUAUGAACAUGGAGCCUAAAGAAGCUAAUAGUGCUGGAAAUGAGGGGCUGAAUCAAGAGCUCACGGUGGGAAAAAAUAACAAUGAAGUGAACGAGGGGGGAGAACUAUUACUUCCAGAGGCAGCUGAGUUACAGGAGCAGGAUAUGGCAGAACCAGAGCCCGAGGAAGUCAAAAUGGGGGGGAAAUCAAGUCUGGGGGAGCUGAAAAGUAAUGCAGAAUCUGAGGAAUUGGGAGGAACAGGUCAGAAAGAGACUGGUUUAUUUGUGAGCCCGUCUGAAAAAGUUCAUUUGGCAAAUAGGGGUCAGAGGGAGAAAGAAGUUCAUGCAGAUACUGAUUAUCUACAUGACUUGGAUGCGAAGGGCAUUAAAGAGACAGCUGAUAAGGAAGGCAUGGCCUUGGAGAAGGCUGAAAUAUUAGCUUUAGACCAGAAGGAUUCAGAGGGAGGGACUGAAAAAGAGAUUGUUGAAACCACAGAGAUUCAAAAAGAGGGUAAUGAUUUGUCAAGAUUGGGUCAGGGAGGAAAUUUAGAGAAAAUUGAAGAGGGAAAGAAUGUAGUAGCAGAUGCAAUAUUAGUACAUCAGAGACAGACUGAAAAAUCUGUAGAAUUAGGUAUGGAGCAAAAUAAGGUGUACAUCAAAGCUGAGGAUGAGGAAACAGUUGGAGUAGAGCAGAGUUUAAUUGCACAUGAAACAGAGACAUCAGUAGAAACCCAGGAAAAACCUAAGGAGGCAUCGGAAAAUCUCAGGGAACAUGAAGAGAUAACUGGAAAGACAAAUGCAACAAUGGCUGACGAGAAAGCCAGGCUGUUAGAAACAAAUCAAGUACAUGUUGAAAAGGCUGGGAAAGCACCAGAGGCAGAGGUUGGAACUGAAAAGAAAGAUGUAGCAACAACACUGCAUCAAACAAAGGCUGAGAAGUUAGUUGAGGGAAGUCAGGGAGAAAGUGGGCAACCAGUGGGAGAGCAAAAAGUAAGUGCUGUGACAUUAACAGUGGUUGAAACUGAAGCGGGAUAUUUGCAAGAAUCAAGUGAGAUGGUAAUGGGAGGGGAGGAUAGCCCACUAGUUGUAGAGGCAAAAGAGAGAAUUGGGAAAGUGACUACAGAAGAAGUUGUGAUUAUAUCAGUUGAAGAUAAAAUGGAGGAUUUGGUGGAGACAGGUGAAGUAGUAAUGGAUGAGAAAGAUUUAGCCACCAUGGAAGCAGAGAGGUUGGCUGUACCAGUAGUUGAAGUUAAGGUUGAAAAUUUGGUGGACACAAGUGAAACACAGAUGGGAGAGGAGGACAUGGCACUAAAUGUAGAAUCAAAGGGAGAGACUAUGAAAGAGUUGAUUGCAGAGAAAGAUAUUGGAGAAGUAACAAAAGUACCAGAAAGUAUAAGUAGAAUACAAGAAGAAAUGCCUCUGACAGUAAUGGAAGAAAUACCUGUGCAAAUUCAGGAUAAGAGAAGCAAAGAAAAGACUGAAUCAGAGAUGAUUGAAGAGAAAAUUGAAGAUUUGACACAACCUAAACAAAAGCCAGAAGAGCAAGUGGAAGAGAGGGAAGGCGAACAAUUGGCUCCAGCUGUCAUGAUUGAUAAAGUGGAAACUGGGGAAUUAGACAUGGCAUUAUCAAUUAAUCAGAAUGAAAUAAUGAAAAGCCCGAGGCCAUCUCAGGAAAAGGCAGAGAUUCCUGUCGCAGAUGCUGUGGGAGAAAAAUUACCCUCCCAAGAAAAGAUUUUAGUCUGGGGUCCAGAAUUGGAAAGACCAACUCAAGAGGUACCAGGGGUGGGCUCCAGACAAUAUCCAGGGAUAUCCAGACCAUAUAAGCAAGAGGAUAAACUAAGCCGUGAACUUAUUGCAGAAUUGAUAAGAAUUGGCCAGGAAAGAGAUUUGGGCUUAAGUCAAGUAGAAUUAUUAGAAACAAGCAUAAAGUUUACUGAAGAAUUAGAUAAAUUGCGUAAAGAACAAAGUCACAAAGUGAAAGGUAAAAUAAUUGUGGGUUUGGCAGGCCUAAGACAAGGACCAAUUCAAGUAACACCGCACAGGACCAUUCGAUCAGCAGGAGGCUAUGAUGGAGUGUUGGCACAUGUAGCUCCAGGAUUAAUUAUAACUGGUUUAAGGAAGUCUGAGAGAAAGAAACUAAAAAAACAAGAUCAUAUGCAGUUGGACAAGAGGACAUUAGAACAAAGGGAGACACGAUCAGCUGAACAGGGGCGUUUUGGAAUAAGCAUGAGGUCAAAUGAAGCAAUGGUCUUCAUGGGUUACCGAAUUGGGCGGGAAAGAAUGUCUUGUUUGUCAGAGGCAGAGAAGAGGAUGGUGAAAAUUCAGCUGCCUGAGGAAGCUGGGAAAAAGCCUGCAAUAGAACAGGUAGAGGUAUCCAGGCAGGAACAGGAAGUGAGUAAGGAAAAGAUACAAGAAAUUAAUGCCAGUGAAGUAGAAUGGCAUCAAUUAGAAGAACUGCCAACAGCAUGGCUUGGUAGACCAUUGACACGUGAUUAUAGGGCAGCACAAGAAAGUUUUGGGUGGACUGCAGGCAUAGGACCAGGGCAUGGGCGUAUUUCAAGGUCGCUUCGGGCAGGAAUAAAAGAAAGAAUUAACUUGAUGGUGAUGGGUGAGAGUGCAACAAAAUCAGCAGCACAGAGGCUUGAGCCAUUAAAUUUUGGAAUGAGAAGAAGGAUGUUUGAGCUUACAAGCAAAACUGCUAAUGUGCAUUGGUUAAAUGAGAUAUUGAAGCCAAGACCACCAGGUUUUCGACUUGGUGUUGCAGAUCAGAAGGUUCAUGAGGAAGGAAGUCCUAGCUUGAUGACUGAAAGGCAAAGUCCUGGUUUGUUUACAAGGAAAAAAGAACUAAAAGAUUGGAGGGAUGGGGUGAUGGGAAUAGCAAUCAGGAGAUACAAUGCAAUGCGACUCGCUAUGUGGGGUGAAGGCCCAAUUGGUUUGCACAUAAAGGGGAGGAAAUUAGCUGAGGAUCCAUAUGGUCCUGCAAGCAGCUCCCAAAAGAUGAGUUCCAUUAUGGGACAUGUUGAAAGGAGAGUGUUAACAAUGGCACAACAGGUAAGAAAUGAGAGAGUACCAGGUUUGGAAGUGGGUGGACAAAGUCUGGCUGAGAUACUGAAGCAGGAUAUGGAGUUAGCAAGGUCAAAGAAAGGUGAAAAAUUUUCAAGGUAACUGGUGAAAGAAAUUAUGCAAUUUGUUUAGAGAUAUUGGGUUGUUUAAGAAUUAGUGGAAAAGCGGAGAAUGUGUAGAGAAUAGUGCAGUUUAAAAGCUUUAGAUUGAGAGGAUUUAUAUAUUUGUCAAAGGAAUAGAGAAAGAUGAAAGGCCUAGACAAUGAUUUUAGUAACAAGACUGUUGACAUUUUAGGAACAAAGGGAGUGAAAUGAGGAUAAAAAUUGACCUUGAGAAAAUUGGUGAUUUUGAUCAUUUGGGAUUUGUGACUGAGUGGAAGGUAGCUAAAAUCUUUCCGAAAGGAAGAAAAUUGUCUCUGGAACAUUUAGUAGCAUCUCAAACAGGUUCUUGCCUUUUCUCAUAGGCUUGGAUUUGGUAGCUGGUGCUCACAUUAAACGUCUCCAUUGUAACCUGUAGUCAAGCCAGUCCUGUGCUGUCUGCAUUACAAUAAUGGAGAAACAGGAUAGCCUUUUGCUAGUGCUUCGAAGAGAAUUUAAAAAAAAAUGGAAAGAGCAAAGUUCAAGCAAAACGAAUAAAUGUUUGUAAAACAUGCCAUUCUCUGCCCUGGAUUGACCUUUUCUUUUCAGGAGUAGUCUUCCCCUGGAAAGCGAAACCCUGGAAGUACAGUCUGAAAAGCAAGUGGAAUUCUCAGCUCAAACAGCUAAUUCUGAGUCAGGCAGUCCCGAGCGUAGGCUGGGCUGCCAAGGAACCCAGGAGCUGGACGGCUCGUCCCAGUGGCUGGCUGACCAGAAUGAGGCCGGUUUGCAGCAUGCACUGGAACAGGACACCAGCACUACAACUGCAACUGAAACUAUUGGGGCGAGAGGCAAAGACCAAGAGCGAAUUAAAAUGCAGACCAAUCCUCCCCGACAGCACCACAUGCUGCACGCACAGGUAGAGUUGGAGACUACAUCAGACAAAAUGACAGGCAGCAAUCCAGUGUCACCAGCCUCUUCAGGCUCACCUGCCUCAAGUAGGAGCAUCUCACCAUCACAUCUCACCCACGACUCCUCUUUGGACAGUCACCUAAGUUUUGAUGGUCCCAAGUUGCAGAACAGAGCCCUGGUAUCAUCUGGGAUGUACAUUUCCCCUGAUCCUGCAAGCAUGUGGGACAAGACACACGCAGAGAUUGCUGAGCAGGCAAAGCAUGAAGCAGAAAUUGAGAAUCGUAUUGCAGAAAUGAAGAAGGAAGGAUUCUGGUCUUCGAAAAGGCUUUCAAAGGUGCCUGAGCCAAUUCGGCCCAAAGUGCACUGGGAUUAUCUUUGUGAGGAAAUGCAGUGGCUGUCUGCUGACUUUGCUCAAGAACGUCGCUGGAAGAGGGGUGUUGCCAGGAAGGUUGUGCGCAUGGUGAUCAGGCACCAUGAGGAACAGAAGCAGAAAGAAGAACGAGCCAAACGCGAGGAGCAAGCCAAGUUGCGCCGGAUUGCUUCUUCCAUUGCCAAAGAGGUCAAGCAGUUCUGGAGCAACGUUGAGAAGGUUGUGCAAUUCAAGCAGCAGUCACGUCUGGAGGAAAAACGGAAAAAAGCACUGGAUCUGCAGCUGGAUUUCAUAGUGGGCCAGACAGAGAAAUAUUCCGACUUGCUAACCCAAAGCCUCAAUGAGACACUUCCAGUUCCCAGCAAGACCAGUAGCUCCCAUGCUGGCUCUACUGCUUCUAGUCCUCCUCCCCCUGCUCGGCUCAUGGAAGAUGACGGGGAUUUCCAACCCCAUGAAGAGUCAGAUGACGAGGAGACAAUUGAAGUUGAGGAACAACAGGAAGGGAAUGAUUCAGAAACACAGCUGCGGGAGAUAGAGCUGCUAAAGCAGGAAAGUGAGCUGCCCUUAGAGGAGCUACUCCAGACAUUGCCACCCCAAAUCUUAGAAAAUUCCUUCAGUGUAUCUCCUUGUGCCUCCAGCUCUGAUGAUGAUGAUGAAGAAGAAGAGGGUGAGAGUGAAGAGGAAGCUGAGCACGCAGAAAGUCAGACCUCUGAGACAUUAAAGGAGAAAUCCAAACCUGUCACUCAGAGGAAUAAGAAACCUUGGAAACCUGAUGAAGAAGAUGAGGAGUUUACGGCCAAUGAAGAAGAAGCCGAAGAUGAAGAAGAAACAAUAGAUGCUGAAGAAAAGCUGGAAGGAAAUGUGGAUCACAGCAAAGAACUGGAUGAUCUGGCCAAGGAAGGUGAACUGCCCAUGGAGGAAUUGCUGCAGAAAUACACUGGUGCUUAUGCUUCAGACUUUGACAUGGAAGCCUCAGACACUUCAUCGGAGGCAUUGGAGGCUACUACUUCAGAAUACGAGGAGGAAUCAGAGGAAGAGAACAGCACUAGUCACUCAGAUUCCACAGAAGAUGACGAAGAAAGUGAGCAAGAGGAAAGUGAAGUAGAGGAGGCCCUUGAGGAGGAAAGGAGGGAAGCUUCAGUAACCCAGGAAGAAGAUUUUGGCGUUGAGUACCUGUUGAAGCAGGAUGAUGAUAAGGUUGGCGAGGGAGAUAAUGAUUCAGCUCCAGCCCCAGGGCCAAAAAAAGAGAUCACAGACAUUGCAGCAGCAGCCGAGAGCUUGCAGCCAAAAGGCUAUACCUUGGCAACCACACAGGUUAAGACACCAAUCCCCUAUUUGUUGCGUGGAACGCUGCGAGAAUACCAGCACAUUGGCCUUGAUUGGCUGGUUACCAUGUAUGAGAAGAAGCUCAACGGUAUCCUGGCUGAUGAGAUGGGUCUUGGUAAAACUAUCCAGACAAUUUCCUUGCUGGCACAUCUGGCCUGUGAAAAAGGCAGUUGGGGUCCUCACUUGAUCAUUGUUCCUACCAGUGUGAUGCUCAACUGGGAGAUGGAAAUCAAGCGCUGGUGCCCCAGUUUCAAGAUUUUAACAUAUUAUGGGGCACAGAAGGAGCGUAAGCUGAAGCGACAGGGUUGGACCAAGCCCAAUGCCUUCCAUAUCUGCAUCACUUCCUACAAGUUGGUGUUGCAGGAUCACCAGGCCUUUCGACGCAAGAAUUGGAAAUAUCUGAUCUUGGAUGAGGCUCAGAACAUCAAGAACUUCAAAUCCCAACGCUGGCAGUCUUUGCUCAAUUUCAACAGCCAGAGGCGGCUACUGCUGACUGGGACGCCUCUCCAGAACAGCUUAAUGGAGUUGUGGUCUCUCAUGCACUUUCUGAUGCCACAUGUCUUCCAGUCACACCGUGAGUUCAAGGAGUGGUUUUCUAACCCCCUGACGGGUAUGAUUGAAGGCAGCCAGGAGUACAAUGAAAAUUUAGUCAAAAGACUGCACAAGGUGCUGCGUCCCUUCCUCUUGCGAAGGGUAAAAGUGGAUGUAGAGAAGCAAAUGCCAAAGAAAUAUGAGCAUGUCAUCAAGUGCCGUCUUUCGAAGCGCCAGCGUUAUCUUUAUGAUGACUUCAUGGCCCAAGCUGCCACCAAGGAGACGUUGGCCACAGGGCACUUCAUGAGUGUCAUCAACAUCCUGAUGCAACUUCGGAAGGUCUGCAAUCAUCCCAAUCUUUUCGACCCACGGCCGAUCCACUCACCAUUUAUCACAGAGGGCAUCUGCUUCAACACUGCCUCCCUUGUAUUGCAUGCACUUGAUUAUGACCCUUUCAAGAAUGUGGACUUGGGCAUUUUUGAUCUGAUCAACUUGGAGGGUUCUGUGUCCCGUUAUGAAACAGACACAUUCCUGCCCAAAUGGAAGGUGACAAGGAAAAUGAUUGAAGAGAUUGCUGAGUCCCCAGACCCUCCUCCCAGACCCAAGCCAGUCAAAAUGAAAGUUAACAGGAUGUUGCAGCCAAUGCCCAAGCCAGAAAACAGAACAGUAGUUCUGGUGAAUAGCCCUCGACCCAUAACCCCUCUACAGAGACCGAUAACUCCUGUGCUUCCGGAACCACUGACACCUGCUCUAGCUCCUGUACCACCCACAGGCCCAGUAUUGCCAGGGCCUUUGCAGCCCACCACGCUCCCUGCCUCAGUGUCUCUCCCUGUGCCUAUCCCGAUGCCUCCUUCACCAGUGACCAUGUCAGUACCAGUGCCGCCUCCUGCCAGAUCACAGACUCCAACUCUAGUGCCUACUUUGAGCCAGAACAACCCAGCUGCUCUGCUGCAGAGCCAGGCCUCUGUUCCUCAGGUGCUGCCCAUGGCAAUGACUGCAGCUCAGCUGGUCCCAAAUGCUCCCCGGCCUCUGCUCCCACCACCUCCUGUUUCUUCUACAACAACCACCACCUCCUCCCUUAAGGCUGCACCAGCCCCGGUCCCAAUGGGGCAGCAGCCCCCAGUUAGCAGCUUUAGUGCCACCCCAGUGCGACAGCAGCCACCCAUUAAUACAUUGAGUAUCGCUUCUGUCCAACAGCAGCCACCCAUCAGCACCCUGGGCAUUAGUCCUAUGGCUCAGCCACCACCCACCAACACCCAAUCCAUUAAUACAGUUAGCAUAUCCCCCAUUAACACUCUGGGAGUGUCCCCUGUAGGGGGGCAGCAGCCUCCACCGACCAACACUUUGGGCCCAGGACCUGCAGGUGCUACCGCUCAACAAUCCACCAGCUCCAUUGGGGGCAUGGUGAAGCCCAUGAACAUCCAUUCUGCUGUGCCUACCUUGCCUGGAUACAACUUUGCAGCAGCAGCCGGAGGUGUGCAGCAAAGGCUUUUGCUGUCCCCGGAUAUGCAGGCACGAUUGCCUUCAGGUGAAGUAGUCAGCAUUGGGCAACUUGCCUCGUUGGCUAAUCGGCCUCUCCAAGGUGCCCCAGGCAGUAAACCCCUCACAUUCCAGAUUCAAGGCAACAAGCUUACCUUGACGGGUACUCAAGUUCGCCAGGUCACUAUGCCUCAGCCAGCCCGACAGCUGCCAAGGAAUGUGGUUCACUUGGUGUCUGCUGGGGGGCAGCACCACAUAAUCAGCCAGCCAGCUCAAGUGGCUUUGAUCCAGGCUAUGGCCCAGCAGGCAGGGCAGAACCCGGUUGGUGUGCAGACUGUUCAAGGCCAGCAGCCUCCCACCAUCCUGCCGGUCCCAGCUACCAGCACAACUGUUCCACCUGUUGCUUCCACAGCAACAAUCAGCGUCCCUAUUGCUGUUACUCAAGUGCCAUCCUCAGCAGUGAACAGUUCUGGUGUAGUGAAGAUUGUCGUACGACAGGCUCCUCGAGAUGGCUUGGUGUCUCCAUCACCUGGGCCACAGCAUCCGCCCAUGCGUCCUAUGACGCCAACAACUGCCAGUACAUUACCUGCCCUUCCAACAGCCCUCUUGGCCCAGCGAGCCCCACUUGCUAUGAACCCAGCCUCAUCAGUUAGGCUGCCCAACCAGCCACUGGGCCCAGUGAGGCCACCUGCAUCAGCUCCCGUCCAGACCCUGGUGAGACCCAUGCUGAGAAUGAUACAAGCCUCAAACCCCAACCUGGAGCAACAGCUGGUUCCUCCUUCCCCGCCUCCCACAGUUGCUUCAUUUGCUAUCAGCCCAGCUGCCACUGUUACUGUUUCUGCCAACACUUCUCCUACAAUGGUGUCCCAAAUUGCCUCAAGCCCCAUGCCCAAGGAGGAACCGGAGAUGUUAACUCUGCGUUCUACUACACCUACACCACCACCACCCCUUUCCAUCCUGGCCCCAAGGCCGAGACGGCAACCUCCUCCCCCACCCCGUUCCCCUUUCUUUCUGGAAGCACUUGAGGAGAAGAGGAAGAAACAGAAGGAGGAGCGUCUCGACCGGCUUUUCCGUCUCAAUGAACAGCAUUGCAACCUUGCGCCAAUCUACGGUACCGAAGUGCUCCGCUUUUGCACCCUCUUUCCCCCUGCUCCACCACCUGUGCAGGAAAAGGAAGAGGAGUUGGUGGUGGAGGCGAGUGAAGAACGAGCCAUGGUAACCCAGGAAGUAGACCCAAAGGGCUCGAGAGGAUCUGGAUACACCCAUUGCUACGCAGCGCAAGUCCAAAGGGGCGCUCAGCAUCUUGAGGCCUAUUGGCAGCGGUCAGAAACCUUGGCCCAAGCAGUCCUGACACCUCAGCAACGGAUUGAGGAGCUGACGGACAUUAUAGAGAGGUUCAUUUUUGUUAUGCCUCCUGUGGAGGCUCCAGCUAUCACCAUGCACACCUCUCAUCCUCCCCCAACACUGCUGCUCCAGCAGUCAGUCUUCAAGGAGACCUUGCGGCAAGAGCUCUCGCCCCAUGCGAGUUGUCUGCAUCGUAUCAUUUGUAACAUGAGGACCCAGUUCCCAGACCUUCGCCUCAUCCAGUACGACUGUGGGAAAUUGCAGACUUUGGAUUUUCUACUACGGCAGCUCAAGGCCGGAGCCCACCGGGUCUUGAUUUUCACCCAGAUGACCCGCAUGCUGGAUGUGUUGGAACAAUUCCUCAAUUAUCAUGGGCACAUCUAUCUGCGAUUGGAUGGUAGCACUCGGGUAGAGCAGCGGCAGGCACUGAUGGAGCGUUUCAAUGCAGACAAGCGCAUCUUCUGCUUCAUCUUGUCAACGCGCAGCGGUGGGGUGGGAGUGAACCUGACCGGUGCUGACACUGUAGUGUUCUAUGACAGUGACUGGAACCCCACCAUGGAUGCCCAGGCCCAAGAUCGCUGCCACCGUAUUGGGCAGACACGGGAUGUCCACAUCUACAGGUUGAUCAGUGAAAGGACUGUGGAGGAAAAUAUUCUGAAGAAAGCUAAUCAGAAAAGGAUGCUAGGAGAUAUGGCUAUUGAGGGGGGCAACUUCACUACAGCCUACUUUAAGCAGCAAACCAUCCGUGAGCUGUUUGAGAUGCCACUAGAUGAGCCCACUAAGAAGGAAGGGGAGGCCCCAGUCCCAGCGCAGGAGGAGGAAGAGGAUCCCAUGGCCACCAAGCAGACACAGAUUCUGGAACAAGCAUUGUGCAAGGCUGAGGACCCUGAAGAUAUCCGGGCAGCUACUCAGGCCAAGGCAGAGCAAGUAGCUGAGCUAGCAGAAUUCAAUGAGAACAUUCCUUUGGAUGCAGAAGACCGGUCCACCAAAGAGGAAGAGGAAGAAUUUUCUAAAGCAGAGCAGGAAAUUGCUUCGCUUGUAGAACAGCUCACUCCUAUCGAACGCUAUGCCAUGAACUUUUUGGAGGCAUCCCUGGAGGACAUCAGUCGGGAAGAGUUGAAGCAAGCAGAGGAACAGGUGGAAGCUGCCCGCAAAGAUAUUGACCAGGCUAAGGAUGAGGUGGUCUUUAAACUGCCAGAUGAUGAUGAUGAGAGUUACCUCCUUGAGGAAGGCUCCAGCAAGAAAAGCAAGAAGGCCAAGAUGUCUAACCGUACCGGCACCCGCAUGAGCGAACGGCUCCGUAGCACUCGUGUUCCACCAAAGGAUGGGGAUAGUGGACAUGUGGAAUCCACCCAGACGAGGCUGCCCAAUCUCCGGCAUUCCCGAAUGGUGACAGAUGAGGAAGAUGACAACGUGCCCCGAGUAGCUCUGCACACCAGAAGUGCUUCGAUACGUAGAGUGGUAGUGAUACGAGAAGAAAAGCAGACUCACAUUGUCCCGAAUACUCGAAGAACUUUGACCCGUCGGGAAGAGCUAUGGAAUAAAGGCCCAGCUAGUGGUGAGAAGGUGCAGAAAAUGCCCCUCCACAGAAGUGAAGCUUCUGGUGACAGGGUUUUGAGAACUAAUCUCCAUAGAACAGACACCCCAUCUGCUGGGGAUAAACUGUUACAAGCUACUCCACAGAAAUCAGAUCCUGGAGCUGCUGGGGACAGAACUCUAAGAGGUACCACAUCAAAGACCGAGACCCUGCUUUUUGAUGAAAGUGCCCCACAGGCAUCAGAUACCAACUUGGAUGAAGGGCUGAGGCAGAAGCCUGAAAAACCUUCCGGGCCAGAUAAACUUACAUGUAGCUCACCUAAUCUUGAAAUGUCACCUAAGCCAGAGGUAAAGGCUCCCGAAUUUUACUUGCAAGGACUUGAUGGAGAGGCAUUUAAAUUGAAAGUGGAUAUAGAAGAGCAGAAAACAGAAACAGAAAUUUCCAAGUUCAGUCCACCAACCCUGGAUUUCCACCCUGCUGAGUCUGCUACAGAUAAGGAAGUUCCAGCAUUCCAAGAACAAGACACUCUGCUCACUGGGAAAUUAUUGGGUACACAGGCAUUACCUGAUGCCAGGAAUCUGAAUAUUCCAGGUAGUAAAAUAGAAGCAACAACUCCAGUGCCACUUGGCACUGUGGAACUAACUUCUGAGAGCAAACCUGAGGUUACAGGUGAAAUAAAUUCACCUGUGAUUGAGCAAAAAAUAAGUGUGGAGAAGCCAACGGAAGGAGCAGAUGUGAGCACCAGCUGCAAUGCUGCAGAAGGAGAACCGGUCAAUUCUGCGGAUGAGGCAACCAGGCAGAUCUCUACUCAAGAGACCACAGCACCUCCUGAUGACACUGCUAAGGUAGUAACCGAGCCUCUUUCUUCUACAAGCACAAAAGACGCCACUUGGGAAACAGCAGACAGUGCAGCAUCAUUUGUGUUGGAUAGCGAAAUCCCCAAGAUGGACCCUCCUGUAUUUCCUUCCAUGGAUCACUCUCCAGCUACCAGCUCUCUCCUUCAAUUGGAAACUUUGGCCUGUAUCAAGGAACAAAAUGGCUUGAAGGAAUCUCUGAGAAGUGGAGACCUCCCUUUUCCUCUUUCAAAUUUGCUAACUGGUCCCCAGCUUGAAAUCAUGCCCUUGGGGGGUACAUCACCAAAAUCAGAGACAUCUGACUACAAAGUCAAUAGUCUGGGUGAAACAACAACUCAGAAUCAAGGAGCAGUAGGGAAAAACAAUCACGGGGAGGGGCCCCAGGAGGCUAAGCUUACAGCAGUCUGCCCUGGCUCUGCCUCUUCGCAGGAAAGUUCAUCGCUUCCAGGAAAUUUGUCUUCGGAUGACAGCCUUUCACCGAACAAACCUCCCCGUCGCCGAACCAGCGCUGAUGUGCAAAUCCAGCAAAGCUGUCAAACGCCAGAUGGCCCUGCCGCCAAAGUCUUACGCAAGUUGCCAGGGCGCCUGAUCACGGUGGUAGAAGAAAAAGAGCUCAUUCGUCGACGACGCAAUCGCCUGUGCAAGCUGGAUUCGGCCCCCAGGGCUGUGAUGAAUUUGGGGAGCAGCCUGGCACAAAGCCUGUCAGAGCCAGAAAUUCUGCCUUCUAUGAAAACCUUGCCUCUGCUGCGGGAUUUGCCUGCCCGGCGAAGAAUCGAACUGGAGAGCCGGGCAGCAGCCAAAGAAAAGGACGAUGGUUUGAAAAGGGAGCUGCUAGGUAAUGUGUCCUCUGAACCCGUCAAGCGCAAACGAGGACGUCCCCCCAAGAACAAGUCACCAGAUCAGCAGAGUCCAGGGUUGCUUCAGCCCUUCUCUGAGCCAGCUCUGGACAUCAGCUCCCAAAGAAAAGCACCAGUGAGGAAAACACCCGAGGGCCAUCCCCAGACUCAGUCCCCAGAGCAGAAGGGACCUGAGAGCUCCUCUCCCAAGAGCAAGACAGACAGCAGUGAGAAUGGUGACUCCCCUGUGGAAAAGCGAAGGCGUGGGCGGCCCCCUAAGACUCGGCAAGCCCCCAUUAUGCCUCACAAGUCUCCUGCUUCGGAAGCACUGCUGUCUCCAUCCACAAAACCUCAGACUGUGCAAAAGAAGCUGCUGAAAUCUGAGGCUGUCUCUGUAACAGAGGCCACCUCAAAGCUUUCUGAGCCUCUAGACUUAAAUCCUAAAAUGGCCAUCUCAAAAACCUCACCUAAAGCACGGAAUCGAACUUCACUACAUUCUCAACCCGGGUCAAAUUCUAAAUCCACCUUGAAGGCACGAGAAAUGUUGACUACUUUCCCUAAAGCGCUUUCCAAACCAUCCACUGAGGUGUGUGAACCCCGGGCAUCUUCCCCUCAAGGUGCCUCUGCCACAGAAACUUCAUCGGAGAUGCAAGAUCCGCCUUAUCUAUCCCCUGUGUCACGCUCGCUACCCAAAGGUGCCCCCAGCUCCCCAACAGCAAAUUCUCCACCUAAGCGGAAAAGGGGUCGUCCCCCAAAGAAUCCAUCUUUGCCUCGGGUGGAGGUGGCACCACCUCCCGCCUCCAACUCUGACCAGGAGACCUCUUUGGAGAAGCACACCCCGGCUCCUCCUGGCCGCAAACGACGAAGACGUAGGAGAAAAUAUAACCUUGGCCCAUCGUUGCCCAGCGCCAACCAGAGCUCUUCGGAUGGUGAGGAGACCCGACCACUCACCAGACUCGCCCUUCUGAAGAGGGAAGAAAAGCCAGAGUCUUGCAGCGGGGCAUUAGUUCCACCCUCUCCAAAGCACACAGGCACUGAGAGGGCUUCAUCCGCAGAGAGUAGUAUUUGGGAACAGCCUUCCGGUGACACCCCUGCCCGCUCGACUCGCCUGCGGCCUGGCUACCUUGUUCCACCCCUGGAGCGGGAAACCCAGCGAAGGAAACGGCGCUGCUCCAUGGAGGGCAAGCGGAUGAGGAACAGCAGUAAGUCACCUGCUUCCCAAGGCAUUUCUGAACAGGAGGGUGGAGAGUCAGAGUCUUCUCUGAAAUCCUCCUCGGAAUCCAGCAGUUAUAAGUGUGUCCGGCAACCGAAGCGCAAGUGUUAUGACUCAGCCAGGCGGCGCAGUCGAAAAAGGGGCCAGGGUCACCAGAGUGGGGCGGCUGACCGCAUCCUCCGUAGUGCAGCAAAGCCUGCUGACAGUACCGGAUCAGGGUCCUCCCCGAUUCCUCCCAAGAAAACAGGCCCUGCUUUUGCUUCUCCGGCUGCGGGGAUCACUGGAGCCCUCUCUUCCCCAACAACCCCUUCCUCCACUGCCCCGGUUACCUCUUCGCAAAGUAAUAGAGGCCGCAAGCCCAAGACGUGACCACAGCGCGAGAGGUCCCGCCGGUCUUUCUCUGCGGGGAUGGCUCGACUGCCACCUUUUCCCGCACAUAACAGUAAGCAGAUCUAGUCCCUCCCCUCCCUUUGCUCUUAUUCCUCCCGUUAAUGUAGGGGUGUCUACUGGAGCUCCCUGCAUUCCAGUCUUGACUGUUGGAGUACUACUUGAAAGGAGGAGGAGGAGAAGGAGGACAGUGAGCGUGGCUCUUCAUUCCCAGGUGCUUUUUCUGGGAGCAGGCAAGGGACACUCCCGCUAAGGUCGCUCACUGGGGCUGGGGAGCUCAGUUGCCCCGCUGCAGGUUAUAGUGGCAGGGCCAGCACUUUGCAAUGAAUUCUGCUACUUCCUAACCAUGAGCAGAGAGAAUAGGAGGGGCGGAGUAGCUUCAGAGUUGUUGUCCCUAGAAUAACACUACAGGGCACCUGCUAUCCUUAAAUCCCCCCAGCGCUUUGGGAAGUCCAGCCCAGGCUUUUGAUAGGCACGUGUCAUGUUUUGGGCCUAGGUGUUCCUCUUCCCUCUCACCCACCCCUGAAUCCUGCAGAGGAUGUCCUCCUGAUUUAUAAACACGAUUAGCUCUUACUUUUUUACUGGCUUUGGGUUGGUUUUUAAAUGACAGAGACCAAAUGCUAGGUCCCCUUUUCUGGCUACCCCUUUUGAUUGUCUCCCUGCUUAUUCCGUUCACCACUUCAGGCCCUUUUGUGGCAUGAAGAGGUGGGAUAGUUAUUUCCCCAAACAACCGGGAGGGCAAGUGAGAGGAGAUACACCACCCAACCCAGUAAGAUUAUGUGCUCCUUUUAUGCAUCACCACCCAGAGAAAAAUAUCUUCUUUUAAUGAUGUCAAUCACAGCCUCACUGCUCCAAGGACUUUUUUUUUGUGAGUUCAUGAGUUGGGUCAACUCCUUCCCCCCUUCCACUCCUCUUGUGUACAGCUCUCAUUGUAAAAUAGGUUCUUUUGAACAUAAACUAUGCAAAGGUUAUUUUGUAUAGGGGAGCACAAUUUUCCCUCCCCUCCCUCACUGCAGUGGGUUUUAGGGGUUGGCAGCGGUUCUCUGGAUUUGGGGAUGGGCUGCAGUUGGGGUGGAGGGGGAGGUGUUCCCAUGGAGCUGUCUUUCCUACUGAAGCAUGUUCAGAACUUGUACAGAAGACCGAUGUAAUCUUUCUUCAGAAUAAUGCUAUGAAUAAAGUGUUAAAAGGGGAAAAAAACGCA